GUUACAGCACAUUUCACAGACAAGCUUUUAGCCUUGAAGUUAGUGAAGAAGCAGAGAACAACAAGGAAAGAGUACGAACGUGAAGGAGCCACUAUGAGAGGAAGUUAUCAGUUGCCUCUGGUGCCCUUGUUGCUGCUGUGGGCCGGUUGCAGCAUGGUGCAGGUGCAAGCGGAGGUCAAGGCGGUCAAGCUCUGUGGCCGUGAAUUCAUCCGGGCCGUAGUCUACACCUGUGGAGGCUCCAGGUGGAGAAGGCUGCUUACACCACAAAAUGAUGUGUUUUCUCUUGCAGAGCAGAGCAGUGAUGAGGACCUGAGUGAGAGCACAGGGUUGGAUCUGUCAACACGAGACCUGAACCCCAUGAUGACCAACGUAUGCUGUCAGGUGGGCUGCCGAAAGAGUGACCUCUCUCUCCUGUGUUGAGCAUCAGACACACUCUCUUCACGAGCUCACAAGCUUCACAGUGUAUGGGUUUGUGUGUGUGAGAGAAAGUUAGCUAGAGAGCGAAGACCUUCUGGGCUUUAUGUAAAAAUAAGUAAAAUCAGUUGCCUUUCUGCUUAUAACUGGCAAAUCAGUACACAUGCUUAUACAUUUGGGCAUAAAACACAAGCAUUAUGUGAAAAGAUUUAAUGUGUGUUUUGUGUUCAAUUCAAUGUCAAGUGUCUACAAAAGAGUUGAGGAACCCUAUAGUCUGCUUGUAAUGCAUAUUUUUAAGUUUUAUUGUCUAAUAAAUGUUACAGCAUUAUUA